AUGUCAUCGGUAUCAGUACUAAACCCAAAAGCAGAUGUUUUAAGAAAAUCAGCUGCCUUUGCUGCUAAUUGCCACGCAGCAAAAGGCCUCCAAAAAGUAAUCAAGACAAACUUGGGUCCAAAGGGAACUCUAAAGAUGCUUGUAGGUGGAGGAGGCCAAAUUAAAGUAACCAAGGAUGGCUGUAUCUUGUUGAAUGAGAUGCAAAUCCAACACCCAACUGCCUCAAUGAUUGCAAGAGCAGCAACUGCUCAGGAUGAUAUAUCGGGAGAUGGAACUACUUCUAUUGUGAUAAUUAUCGGAGAAAUACUCCGUCAGGCAGAGCGUUAUGUUACAGAAUCAGUUCAUCCCCAACUUUUAUGUGAGGGGAUAGAUUUGGGAAGAUCUGUUUUGAUGAAAUUAUUGGAUGAGAUGAGAGUUCCAGUUGAAAAGGGAGAUAGGGAAACUUUGAGGUGUAUAGCGAGAACUUCCUUAAAGACAAAACUCUCAAAUUCCUUAGCAGACAGUUUGGCAGAUAUCUUGACUGAUGCUAUUCAGAUUAUCACAAACGAAGACUCUAACCUACCUGUGGACUUACACAUGAUUGAGAUUCUUCCAAUGAAACAUGGCUUGACUUCAGAAACAAAGCUGGUUCGUGGUAUGGUUAUGGAUCACGGAGCAAGACACCCAGAUAUGCCAAAAGAUUUAAAAAACUGCUUCAUCUUGACUUUAAAUGUAUCCCUCGAAUAUGAAAAUAGUGAGGUCACUUCUUCAUUCAAAUAUUCAUCUGCUGAGCAGAGGGAGCGUCUGGUUGAGGCAGAGAGAGCUUUUACUGAUGAAAAGGUAAAAAAUAUCAUAGAUUUGAAACGUAGAGUUUGUGAACAAAACCCAAACAGUUCUUUUGUGGUACUUAACCAAAAGGGUAUAGAUCCACCAUCUCUGAGUAUGCUAGCUCAAGAGGGUAUUUUGGCCCUGAGGCGUGUGAAGAGAAGAAACAUGGAAAGGCUCACUCUUGCCUGCGGAGGUAAUGCCAUGAAUUCAGUUGAGGACCUGUUGAUUGAGGACCUGGGAUGGGCUAAUCAUGUCUACGAGAGGACCAUUGGAGACGAAAAAUUUACUUUUGUUGAAGAACCCAAAGAUUGUAAGAGCUGCUGCGUUUUAGUAACUGGCCCUAAUGAUCAUAGUAUAGCUCAAGUCAAGGACGCUAUCAGAGAUGGGCUCAGAGCCAUCAAGAACGUAAUUGAUGAUGGCUGUGUGAUACCAGGAGCCGGAGCUUUUGAGUUUAGAGCUUACAAUGCUCUCAAGGAGGCUCGCAAAUCUGCAAAUGGAAAGGCAAAGUUCGGCAUAGAUAUAUUUGCUGACGCUCUCCUGGCCAUCCCAAAGACCCUUGCUGAGAAUGCAGGCCUGGACCAGCAGGAAACUACUCUUAACAUUCUGGACAAAAUUGAAGAUUCCAAGCAACCCCUGGGAAUAGACCUUACCACUGGUGAGGAGUUUUACCCACUAACUGAGGGGGUCUUAGACAACUAUUGUGUUAAGAGGCAAAUUCUUAGCAUUGCUCCUACCCUCGCUCAGCAGCUACUGCUUGUGGAUGAGGUCAUUAAGGCUGGAAAGCAGAUGUAA